AUGGCGACGCCGCUGCUCGACGAUCCCCACGUCUCCGCGCUCAAGGCCCAAGAGCCUCCGCAAAACGACACAAGCGCCAUAUCGGUCUCGAAUGUCACGCCCAUAUCCCCCACCACCGUUGCCCUAGCCGCCGCGCCGAACGAACAAGUAGCAUCAAUUGUCGCGCCGGCCGAGAGCGCUACGGGGACAGUCUUGAUCGUUUACGGUCUGAACCAGGAACAUAUCGUGCAGCUGGUCGCGGAGGUGCUAGGCAAACCAUGGACAACGGAGACGUCGCUGGAAACACUCGCGCAGGGUGGUGAUGUUGGCGUGGUGGGGAUUCUGGCGCGUGACCUGGAGCGCAGUCUGGAGGGGUGUGAGAGGUCUUCUUUGAUCCUUGUGAACACGUAUUGUGUGGAAGAUGGAUCUGCGCCGGAUGACACGCUGACCGAGAGGUGUGAUUAUGAGUUUUUGUAUUCUCGGAGUCCGUUCCUGCGUCGGGAUCUGUCGCGGUUUUUGUCUUUGAUUUUGGGUCAGACGAGACCGCAUGAUGAUCUGCGUAAGAAGACAAGGACGAAUUUUAUCUCGACGACUUUUCCUGAUGUGCACGCUGCGUUGCCGAAUUUGGAUAUUCUGUCGGUUGGAUCGGAUGCUGUUGAGAUUCGUGUGGAUUUGCUCGUUGAGCCUGCGGUUAGCGGUCCUGCUGCUCCUGUCCCGAGCUUGAAAUAUGUUGGGCAACAGUUGAUGUUGCUGCGGCAGCAUACUGAGUUGCCCAUUAUUUUUACUGCCAGGUGUACGAGGGAGAAUGGGAAGUUCCCUAUGGAUGACCCGGCUCUCUUUUAUAAAUACCUGCGUCGGGCUAUUCAGUGGGGUGUUGAGUAUAUUGAUGUGGAACUUUGGCUCCCGGAGGAGAUUCGGCGACAGCUGGCUGAGAAGAAGGGGCAUAGUAUCAUCUUGUCUGCAUUCCAUGACUUCUCCGGGACCUGGAAGUGGACAUCGGAAGAGGCACAGCGCAUCUUCACGGAAAGCGCCAAGUAUGCCGACAUCGUGAAGAUGAUCGCCAUGGUGCACUCCAUCGAGGAGAAUUAUGAGCUGGAAUACUUCCGCUCGACCAUCAAGAGUCGCGGCCCAGGCCCAUUAUUGUCGGCUGUCAACAUGGGCCAAAUGGGCCAGCUCUCUCGAGCCCUGAACACAGUCUUUUCCCCAAUUACCCACCCACUUCUUCCAAUGAUCGCAGCCCCGGGUCAAUUGACAGCCGCGGAAAUUAAUGAAGCCCUGCAUAUAAUGGGUCAACUUCCCAAACGUGACCUUUACGCCAUCGGUUCCUUCCGCUCAACUCCACACUCAAUGUUCAUGGAAAAGUGCCUGAAUGAGCUGGGUCUCCCACACAACUUCUCAUCCAUCGACCGCGGUCCGAAGGGCUCUGUAGAGUCUGUCAUCAUGCAACCGCAAUUUGGUGGCGCCUACCUCAACCCCCCGGUGGCAAGCACAACAUCUUACAUUCCUGCGGUGAGCAACGCAGCCCGGGCAAUUGGCUUAGUCGACACAAUCGCCAUGACCAGCGCCGCAGAACCCCAUUCAGCGAAAUCCCGCUUUAUCGGCGAAAACGCUGCUUGGAAGGGUAUCCGCGCAACACUGACGCGCGAGUACGUCCCUUCAGCAUAUCAAAACCGCGCAGCCAUAAUACUAGCAGGCAGCGAAGCAGAUGCCUCAGCAGCGAUCUUCGCACUGCGCAGUCUUGGCGUUGGAGCAAUUUAUACAGUCGGCUUCAAAGCCUCAGGCCCGUUAUCCGCCGGCCUGGAACCAUUCACAUCCAUCCAAUCGGUGAAACUAGUUGAGCAGCCUUUCGUCAUUGUCUCAGCCUUACCACCAGAGAAAUCCCUUCUCGUCCAACCCCUGCUUCGGCAUUAUGGUGCUAACGGCCGCUCAUCACCCCCUUCGACUCGGGGAAAGGUUUACCUGGAUCUAACUAGUGGACUUCGAAAGGGUGAUCCCCUCGCUGUAGCUACGAGUGCUGGCUGGACAGCAUAUGGGUUCGAGGAUGUUACCGCAUGGACGACUGUCGAAACACUUAGGUUACUCGUUGGCCAGAAUGUCCCUUUUGACUUUGUGCGCAUGGCGUCUGGGCGGCCCUUGUUUUAG